AUGGACCAGUUGACGAAGUACAUGGCCCUCUCAAUUCUUAACAUCAUCAUCGAUGUAUUUACUCUUGUCUUGCCUAUAACGGUAACAGAAAGAUUUCAGAUGCCGAGAAUACAAAAGAUCAGUGUCUGCGCUAUCUUCGCAACUGGUAGCUUUGUUUGCGCAGUAGCAAUCCGACUUACCACCCUCCUGGAACCCCUGAUGAUAUCUAAAGACUACACUUGGGAUGCUGUUGAACAAUUCGAGUGGUGCUUUGCAGAAGUCAAUGCGGCCAUCAUUUGCGCGUGCGCUCCUGCGCCGAAGCUAUUCUUCGCUCGCUACCUCCCUGGUUUGCUCGGCUCCCAUUUUCGCAGCCAUAAUUCCGAGAAUGAGCCAUCAAAUAAUAGCGAACCAAAUGUACCAGCUACGACAGGAUCCAAUUCCUACAACCGAGACCAAUCUGCCAAAAACGUAUACGAUAUGCAGUGGCGGGAUGACUUGUCCGAUGAGAUAUUGAUGUCCAAGCGCGGUGGAAAAGACGAUGAGGCGCGUCUCUGGAAGGUUACGAACGUAGUGGAAUCUACGUCGCCACCAGGCUUUUGGUUUGAAGCUUUCGAUUCGCAAGCACCCGCAGAGGGUAUUCAAUGACAAAAACAGACGGAAGCUGCACAACUGCAAAAAAUGUCACAAAAGAGAUCAAGUAAUCCUGCACAUUGAAGAGGGCGUUCUGACUCUACAGCAUGUUGUCAUAUGCUUGUACGUUGUCCAGGAGAUAUUGUCCGCAUCAGACUGACCAGUUCGAGCUUGAUCACUCUCUCUCUUUCCCCAUCGGAAUCUGUCCGCCCUUCCGCGCACACGUCUCUACUUUUGGAAUGUACAUUUGAGCCUGGUGUUCACCAACAGCAGGUCAUUGGUGCAUGACGUGAAGGAAUGAAUUCAGGUCGUCUAUUCGGCCCGGUUGCAUAACAAACUCGAGGACGAGUUCCAUUUCCACCGGAUGCUUUUGGAGGAUUGUCACGAC